CGAGAGUUAGUGUGAAUGUUGUGAACACAGGUGGGCUUCUCGGAGUGGGGAGUAGGGUGGCAAGAGUUGGCACUGGGGAAAUAGGGAAUCGAUUGGAAAUUUUUCAUGUAAUUUGAGUGGAUUACUACUAUUCAAAAAGAUGUGCAUUGGCCUUGCCUCCUGGAGGACGUUAUCCAGACGAUGCCACCAUCAGAAAUCUAGUCUCAUGGUUUUUUGUAGGGAUUUUGAGGUUGGCUGCAUCACGUGGGUCACAGAAGGUCAAUCACGCAGCAUAAAAACUGGAGACUGAAAGGGGUUGAAAUGCCGCCACGCUUGACUAGCGGACGGCACCAUCUGCGCACACAACACACAAGAUUCAGAUUCUGGCAGGGUGCAAGGCUCUCUGAGCUCCAGUUGGACUCCUACAGGCCCAAGGAACUCUACUGAAUUUACAAAAAACAAACAAACAAAACAAAACAAAACAAAAUCAGCAUUUAUUUCACACCUCCAUUCAAUCACACUGAAAAGACAGGUGGUAAAGGUAUGGGCAGAGGGUUGUGGUUGAGGCCUGGAAAGGAGGACCAAGGAGUCCCAGACUGCGUUGGAGAUUAUAAUGGGUCCUUUGGUCACUUAACUAAAGUGUAAUGGGCAGAGACACUGGGGAGCAAAGCAUUUUACAGGCUCUGCCCUCUAUGCAAGGCUCAGCCCCUGUAGGCGAUUGACAGUUGGGCGGGGCUUCCUCGGCAGCCGGAACUGCCUUCUGUAUAUUGCCUGGGCAGCGAGAGGCCGGUGAGUCUGCCUCGCCGCGGUGGCGAUCUGGUGUACACCGCAUUACCCCAGGGGUGGGCGCCGCAGCGUCGGCCACAGGGUGCUGUGCGGGGGUAGGGGUCACUUCCUCCGUGAGCGAGCACAGGUCCAGGCAGAGGAAAGAAACUCUUGGGAGGCAAUUUUGACUGCUCUAAGGCUGCUGGCUUUGAGCCAGACUGGCCGGCUGUGCAACCUUAGGCAAGUCACUCACCUCCUUGCAAACCUCUGGCAUUUUGGAUCCAUGUCAUCUGGGUUUCGAGAGAGAUUUAAAGGCCUCGUUCUCUGAACCUUCAGCUGCCCUAUCCCAUGGCCAAGGGUAUCGUCCCUGUGGAAGACCAGCCAGGAACUCAAAGCCUGAGGCUGGGGCCAGACCCCCUGCUGUCCCCAUCAUGGUCAAUGACCCACCAGUCCCCGCCUUACUGUGGGCCCAGGAAGUGGGCCACGUCUUGGCAGGCCGUGCCCGCAGGCUGAUGCUGCAGUUUGGGGUGCUCUUCUGCACCAUCCUUCUUUUGCUUUGGGUGUCUGUGUUCCUCUAUGGCUCCUUCUACUACUCCUACAUGCCGACGGUCAGCCACCUCAGCCCUGUGCACUUCCACUACAGGACAGACUGUGAUUCCUCCACCGCCUCUCUCUGCUCUUUCCCUGUUGCCAAUGUCUCACUGGCUAAGAGUGGACGUGAUCGGGUACUGAUGUAUGGACAGCCAUAUCGAGUCACCUUAGAGCUUGAACUGCCCGAAUCCCCUGUGAAUCAAGACUUGGGCAUGUUCUUAGUCACUGUUUCAUGUUAUACCAGAGGUGGCCGAAUCAUCUCCACUUCUUCACGCUCAGUGAUGCUGCAUUACCGCUCGCAGCUGCUCCAGGUGCUCGACACGCUGCUGUUCUCCAGCCUCCUGCUGUUUGGCUUCGCUGAACAGAAGCAGCUCCUGGAAGUAGAACUCUACUCUGACUAUAGGGAGAAUUCGUAUGUGCCAACAACUGGAGCAAUUAUUGAGAUCCACAGCAAGCGCAUCCAGAUGUAUGGAGCCUACCUCCGGAUCCAUGCCCACUUCACUGGGCUCAGGUACCUGCUGUACAACUUCCCCAUGACCUGCGCCUUCGUGGGUGUGGCCAGCAACUUCACGUUCCUCAGCGUCAUCGUGCUCUUCAGCUAUAUGCAGUGGGUGUGGGGUGCUGUCUGGCCCCGCCACCGCUUCUCUCUGCAGGUUAAUAUCCGACAAAGGGAUAACUCACACCACGGGGCCCCGCGUCGGAUCUCGCGCCAUCAGCCAGGUCAGGAAUCUACCCAGCAGUCGGAUGUGACGGAGGAUGGUGAGAGCCCUGAAGAUCCCUCAGGAACAGAGGGCCAGCUGUCUGAGGAAGAGAAACCAGAGAAGCGGCCCCUGAAUGGAGAGGAGGAGCAAGAGCCAGAGGCUAGUGAUGGCUCCUGGGAAGAUGCAGCUUUGCUGACAGAGGCCAACCCACCUACCUCUGCCUCAGCAUCUGCCCUUGCCCCUGAGACUCUGGGUAGCCUCAGGCAACGCCCGACCUGCUCCAGUUCCUGAACAAAGGGUGAAUUCCUCACAUUCCAGCGCUUUCCCAUCAUACACCUUUUCCCUUGCUCCCUUAAUAAACUAUUUUGUGGCA